AUGGAAAUCCUCCAGGACGAACGUCGCCGUGCCUUUGAGGAGCUCCGCCUCUGGCGCCGGGCGAGUGGCGCGGCCAGCCGUAUCUCCACGCCCGCGGCGGUGCUCUGGCGUCACUACGGAGAGGUCCAGGCAGUGUCCAACCGCUCGAGAGAAAUCCCGACUCCGGGGCUGAGCUCGCGACACUUAGAUGAGAGGCUGGCGGAAGCACCGCCGCCAUUGUUGCCGGUGUCAGACGGCGGGUCCGUGACCAGCGAGGCUCCGGACAUGGGUAGCACCACUCCACGUCUGGCGCGGGCGUCACCGGCAGCAGUGGCUCCACCAAGCCUGCAGCCCAAAAUGGCCAAUGCGUCUGAGGGGUCAUUGGACCUUGAUUCAAGGUGGGGCGACCUGAUCGAGCGAGUCAGGCCCACGGCACCAGCCGCAGGGAAAUCGAUGACCACGGUCUCACCGCCCCUGUCGGCGCGCUCGUUUCCCCUUUCCGCCAGAUCCCUCGGGCAGGAGCGCGCCAUCCAUUUGCAAAGCCUCUGGGCCAAUCAAAGGCAGAAGCUUCUCGCGGGCACCUGA